AUGGGUGCUGGAGCAAGCCGUAAUAGGGAAUUCAACGAUUCAAGCAUAAAGAAGUUAGCUGAAGAGAAGUUAGUUGUUGAUGCUAAAUUUACAAUCAAACAAAUUAACGCCCUUAAAACUGUAUAUUUCAGACUUCGAGAUUUAAUCAAUGAAAAAAGUGUACUAACAACGGAAGACUUUUCAGAAAUUCUAGGUCUAGGUAGCCCUGAAAUUGCACGACUAGUUUUCAAUUUUUAUAAAAAGAAAGAUAAAAAUCUUAACCCAACCAUAACAGUUCCGAAAUUUGAUAUGUUUGAAGAACGAUACAAUAACAUUCUUGUUAGAUCAGGAGAAGGACUUCCUCAAUUUUCUGCAUUUGUUUUGACAAUCGCUCACCUUUGUACGAAAGAUCCUGAGGAAUCUAUUAAUGUAUGCUUUGAACUGUAUAGUAGAGAUGGAGUCAUGUAUCAGGAUCAAUUUGUUGAAAUUAUCAAAGCAUCUGUUACUAAAUCAUCAUUAAUGCCUAAUUUUCCAAAUGCUAAGAUAGAAAAACUGUCAAAUCAGUUGUUUGAUGAAUACAAUAAUGAUGGAAACCUUCAAUUAGAUCGAGACGAGUUUAGAGCCUUAGUUCACAAUGCUCCUGGUAUUAUUGAUUCAAUUCAGCCUAACAUUGCUGCUUUAAACGAUCCUGACUCCAUUAACUGA